AUGAAGAACGUAUACACAACAUUGGGCUUCGCCCUUGGCGCCUCUGCCGCUACCCUCACCGCUCGCGACCAAUGCUGCUUCUCUCUGACUGCCGCUGGUGGUAAGAGCGGCGCUGUGGGCUCUCUCGCUGACGGUCAAGCGCGUAUCGGCCAAACAGCCGGACUUGCCACUGGACAGACAACCUACUGCAUCAACAACGGUGGUCUCACUGACGGAUCCGGGAAAGGAUGCAUAUUAACCAGCCCCACCACGCAGUUCCAGUGCGAUGUUGGCGCCGCACCCACUACUGGGUUUGCAGUCAGCUCGAGCGGUGACUUGACCUACAACGGCAACACUCAGUUCUAUGCCUGCGCAACCGGAGACAACGGUGGUUACAACAUCUACACUGCCACUUCCAGCGCCCAGACUGGUUGUGUUAAGAUCACUCUUAACACUGGUGGAAAGUGCGCUGGCUCCAACGGAUCAGGAAGUUCUUCGUCGAAGCCUGCAUCGUCAGUUCCAGCUUCAAGCCCUGUUGCCAGCAAGCCUGCAAGCUCAGCCCCCAGUGCUCCCGCUUCGGCCCCCAGUGUUCCAGCAUCGAAGCCUGCCUCUUCAGCUCCUAGCGCUCCUGUCUCGGCUCCCAGUGCUCCCGCUUCGGCUCCCAGUGCUCCCGCUUCGAAGCCUGUCUCACCCCCUGCUGGAAACACCGUGACCGUCUACCAGCCCACUACCGUUUAUGUUACCAACUGUGCUGCUGCUUGCACCACUAACGGUGGCGGCAUGCCAAGUGCCCCAGCAUCCAUGCACCCAGCAUCCAUGCCCCCAGCAUCCAUGCCCCCAGCAUCCAUGCCCCCAGCAUCCAUGCCCCCAGCAUCCAUGCCACCAGCAUCCAUGCCCGCCAGCUCUAUGCCCGCCAAGUCUGUGCCUACCCCUAGCGGUACUCAGAGCGGAGGCAACGGAAACGGUGGCGCAUGCCAGACCACCCUGACUGGUGCUUACCAGACNCCCCAUGCCAUCAUCCCUGUCAACAAGGACCAGCCCAGCACCUCGUACGGUACCCAAUACUUUGCCUACCUGAGCUCCUCGAACAGCACCAUCUUCAACUUUGACGUCCCCGCCUCCUACUCUGGCAAGCAGUGCACCGUCAUCUUCCUCCUCCCCAACAAGAAGGAUCUCGUGACCUCUGACUUCACCAUGACUGGCUCCGGUGGCAUCAAGUUCGACCAGCUCACCUCUCCUGCUCCUCUGAGCGUCAGCUAUGCAUCCUGCCCUGCCGUCAAGUCGAACUUGAACACGAUUAACAAUGUCACCCCUGGAAACAGCUACGUUGUGUCCUCUGGUGCUUGUGCUGCUGGUCAGACUGUUUCCAUCCUUGCCAGCUCUACUGGCGGUCUUGGUCUUUCCGUAAGUUUUUCUCAAGCUCUCAUAUAUGUUUUUAUACUAACAAAUGGUCAAAAAUUANNGCUCUUCCAAGAUUGGAAUCCUUCAGCUAUCGGCCUUUUCAUGACCUCCUGCUAA